CAAGCCAUUCCAAUCCUAUGUCUACUGCUGCUCUUGCACAACACGCGGCAGCCUUCUUUAACAGUGCCACACAACGGUUACAGGAAUUAAUACUCUCCAUUCACUCGACGCCCUACCAUUUGCCACCUUUGCAUGCUUCCCGCUUACCUUCCUUCUCUCCGUGCCUGUCUUUUUGCCACAGUUUUAUUUUACAUGCCGACGUUGUAUCGAAUCAUCAAAUUCAAUUGCAGACUAGCCCUGACCUGUGCACAGGUUACACUGAAGACGGAUGAUACGAAUGUUGCGAUUGACAGAUUGGAUGGGAUGCAAUGGGUGAAAGUGAAACGUGAUCAAUCUACUUUUCUUAUUUUAUUUUAUUUCCCGACUCUGUUCCCAUUGGAUCAUUCCUAUUCUUUUUUUAUACGAACUCUCUCUUUUUCCACUGCUUGCAGUGUGCGGGGAAAGGGAAGCGGAGGUCAUCCAUUCUGCUUCAACUGGGCCUGAGAAACUGAGGCGAUCAUGACAAGUGCAUCCCAUAAGCAACUGCACAGCAUACUGUGAAUGUCGCUGAUGACCUUUGCACACUUUCACUCUUUCACGCUUACACACACAUAUGGCAUUGGAGAUGCAGCAGAUGCAGUCGUAUUGGAGUAUCCUACCGCUGACCCUCGCU